GGCAACUCCUCAUUCCUCAUGGAAAUCACCGCGGCUGCACGUUUUUCGUGGGAGUAAAACUCGUCAGAGUGUUAAAAACAAUCGCCGUUCACUGGCUAUAAAUCGCAUAAAUGUAUAUUUUAAGAAGAGUGACAGACAAAUAUAGCAGUACUUCCGUGUAACUUUGAGAAACAGCGCUCUCGGUAGUAUCGCGAUAUUAGAUUGUUGGCGCGAAUCUCGCUACUAUUUAACCGGAAACGAGCGCGUUAAUUUAGCUUACUGUCAAGCCUGCACCAGUGAAAUUGCAAUAUACUCUUCAUUUACUGUCGCGUUAACACAGUUUAAUCUACAGUCUGGCGUCGUUUUGUGCAGCUAUCUCGUUUCUAAACCCCGGCUAAUGUCUGAAGCCCACACUGUGUGAACGCUAGCAACGUUAGCUUGCUAGUUUGUCAACGUAAGGUAGCUUAGGUUGUUUUUGUUUUAGUCGUAAAUAAAAAAAAUGUCCGCGGAGCACACGACAAGCUGGAUACUGACGGGCGCUACAGUGGCAUGUGUCACCGCUCUGUAUGUGCCCUGCGUCCAGAGGACAGUCCCCGGUGGAGACUCAGGAGAGCUGAUCACCGCUGCUUGUGAGCUGGGGGUGGCUCAUCCUCCAGGAUACCCUCUCUUUACCCUGUUAGCUCGCCUGGCCAUGUUUUUUCUGCCGUCACUCUCUCCAGCCCACAGUGUCAACCUGAUGGGGAGUUUACUGGGGGCUGCGGCUUGUGGUACCCUCUGCAUUACAGUCUGCAGGUUGGCAGGUCCCGGCCCUGGAGCAGUGCUGGCAGGAGGGUUGUUCGCUGUGUCCAGGCUGAGCUGGCAGUGGUCGAUGGUGGCAGAGGUCUUUACACUCAACAACCUUUUUGUUGGUCUGCUCUUCUUCUUAAUUGCCAGUUUGCACUGCGCCCAAAACGCUGCGCAAAGGAAGAAGAUUGCACAUUGGGGGGCGCUGUGCUGUGGGUUGGGGCUCUGUAACCAGCACACCUUGGUGGUGUACGUACUUGUCACCAUUCCAUGGGUCUUUCAACGACUCCACUCUCACAAGGAGCUGUCUUUUCGUGUCCUUGUGUCACUUGGAGUGUGUUUUCUUGCCGGCUUUCUGCCGUACAUCUACCUGCCCAUCUCCUCCAGCCUCAGCACAGCCCGCUGGAGCUGGGGAGAUCAGACCACAUUGUCAGGACUACUGACCCACCUGCUGAGGGCUGAAUAUGGCACCUUCAGUCUGGCCAAGACUGAGAGCUCUGUGAACUUGACCAUAAUGCUACAGGCCCAGAUGAACCACUGCCUGGCGGACUUGUCCAUUCCUGUUUUGGUGCUGGCAGUAAUAGGCCUUCUCCUCGCCACGUGGGACAGGACGUGCCGUUCAGUAUCCUGGUUGUUGACUGUUAUGCUGGUGGUCUACUCGCUGUUUUUUUCUUGGAGAGCCAACUUGGACAUCAGCAGACCCUUGCUGCUCGGAGUGGUUGAGCGUUUCUGGCUCCAGAGCGACGCCGCGGUGUGUGUGCUGGCGGGCCUCGGCUUGACGCAGAUUCAGACCGAGCUGGAGAGGAGGCUGGGCGUUGGUCGAGUGUGGAAGACCACAGGCUGGGUGCUCACUUUGGCUCUCCUGGCACAAAUGAUGCACUCCAAUCACAGGGAAUGUGAUCAAAGCGGUAAUGGUGUGGUGGAGAGGUUCGGCACGGAGCUUCUGAGCUCCUUCCCAAAUGACUCCAUCGUACUGACGAGAGGAGAUCUGCCUGGAAACUCCCUGCGUUACUUGCACUACUGCCAGGGUGUAAGGCCCGAUGUGCGCCUCGUCGACCAGGAGAUGAUGACGUACACAUGGUACGUGGCCAAGCUGGCUCAGCACCUCCCUGACGUCCACUUCCCUGGUCGCUUCUGGGACCCGGUCCACUCUGAGGAGAAGGACGCCUUCAAUCUGGAGCAGUUCCUGUCCCACAACAGGCAGAGGUAUGUGUUUGCCUGUAUUGGGCUCCCCGAUGGAGACAAAAGCUGGGAGCAUAGGUUCUCUCUGUGGCCCAUGGGCGUGUGUGACUAUUUAGUGCCAACUCAGCAGCAGUUUCACCCCGAGGAGUGGUCCCGUCGCACUCGUCACCUCUACAACUGGAGUGAGCCACACAACAGUUUCCAUUCUUCAUCCUGGGAACGUGUUGCUAAUGAGGAGAUGUGGCAAGCCAGGAUGAAGACGGCUUUCUUUCUGUUUGACCUGGCAGAAAGAAUUCAAGGAGAGGGGAAGGCUCGCCUCUUUGAGCUGUCUUACACUCUGUAUAAGGAGAUUGUUGAGACCCACUCAAACUACCCUGCAAACUGGGACAAGAACUUUGCACUGGCCUGUGAGAGGCUGCUGCGCUCAGGUCACCGCGGCCAUAGUCCAGACAGCCUGCUGACCUGCAGUACUCGGCACUUCAGUCUCUACCUGGAGAAGGAGCCCACAGAUCCCCAGGCUCCUGCCAUACGCUCAGCCGUAACUCACCUGCUCAAAGAGAGAGACCGGCUCCAGCAGAGCCAGAGGCGAAACCCAUGACAAAUUUGAGGGUGACUUAUUGGGAGCUGGCACCACUGAGAGUGUGCUGUGAGCCCAGGCAGAGUGUGAGGCUAUGGGAGCGUAGUCUGAACCCAUCUGCCUCUUCUGGUGUUGACGAGGUGUUCUUCCAGAAGGGCACAGACUGAUGUGCAGUGGUGUUCAAUUCAAUGGUUGGUCUUGAUGAGCCCAAGUUUGGAAAAAAGUUUGAAAAUGGACUUGCUGAUGCGGAAAUACUGCUCCGUUAUCUAGUCUGUGCAGAGUCACAGAACUCUGUAUAAAGGGUGAAGCGAAAAAGACUGAACCAUGCUACAUUUAAUAAGUGUUUACAGUGGCCCUGGGACAGAGCUUGACUUCACGAAGUAUUGACUGACCCCAAACUAGCUUUCCGGGCUCCCACUAUUCUAAAUUCACCAUUCGAUUGCUUUAUUGUUACAUCUGGUUUCUUUUUUUCUUCGUUUCUUUUUUUUUUUACUCCUCUUCUGCUGAUUAUUCGGCCACUGCUCUAUUUCUCUUUUUUCACAUCAGGAUGGUAGGGCCAAGAUUGAGGGAAACCCAAUUUGGGGGCAGAAAUGGGGAUUAGAGCUGUUUGUUUAAUCUCGGACGGACUUGUUCUAAGCGACGGAGUCGUCGCUAUGCACCGACAACACGACCCACUCGCUCGCUUCUCAAUCCGUCCAUCAGUCUAUAUUAGAUGGUCUUUUAAAUGUUUUAUAACUAAUGGAUGCAAUAAGUGUUUUUUUUCCUCUCUCUCUUUAUUCCUAACCAGAGGGCUAUAAUCCCUCCUGGAUUUAAAUGAAAUGUUAAAUGUCACAAUGCCGGGGACCCUUUUAGAGGUGUGUUUGUGUGUGUUGAUUUGUGUUUCGCAUGCCUAUGUGUGCGUGUGAACAUGCUUAAGUGUCCACUGAAGCUCUUUUCCUGCCAGAUCUGACACAUGUAGACACGCAGGACUGACCGUUCACAGUAACGUGGACUUUUUGACCUGGGUUUGCUGAAAAAAGACACUGUGGCUUGCACACACACAGUGAAUGGACCAGAAUUCAUAGAACUUCUUUGACUUUUACUGUUUUUGUGAUUAUUGAUGCUGAUAUGACAUAACACAUGUGAAUCAGAAGGACUGUGGAAGUGUUUUGUAAGCUUUAUGAAACACUGCAGAAGGAGCCUGCUGUUUUGGUAUACCACUAGAAAAGCAAAGGACAGUAAGUGUAUGUGCACUUUUCUCAGAAUGUAAUCAGCCCUUUCUGUUUGCAGGCCUGGUUAGCAGCUGUCAGCUGGCUUGAUGAUGAGAUUCAACCUGCUGCAGCACAGAUGGUUUGGUUUCACAUAAAAAAAAAAUAGGAAAAUGGUUACUCUGCCCUCUACAGAUUAAAAUAUUCCAAUAAAAUCUUUGUUUAUUUUA